UGUUAAGAGUUGCUGAGAAUUCUCACUCUGAGGUAUAAACUACUGUGCCCAAAAUUCUCUGAGAUAAAGAAUGUGCUUUAAAGAUAAGUUUGUUUGCAACUGUAGUCUGAUUCUAAACAGCUAGUCAAGAGCGUGGUGUGGAUAAUAUUGAGGUUGCAGGUUCGAUCUCUGUAUGGGACAGCUUCAUAUUCCUCCAUUGCAGGGGGUUGGACUAGAUGAUCCCUAGGAUCCCUUCUAAUUCUACAAUUCUAGGUUUUUAGGAAGACUCUGAAUUAAGCACCAACCUAUCCAUGCCUACUUGGUGGUGGGAGAACCCACUUCAAUGGGGCUACUUCCAACCAAACAAGCUUAGGAACAGGCUGCAAAUCUCAAGUAAGGCUUACAAUUCAUUACAGUAAAAGAUUUGUGUGCAGGCUUCUUAGAUGUAAGCCCCACAGAACACAGCGGUACUUCCUUCUGCAAAGGCAUGCAUACAAGGCUGCCAAACCUGUUCUUUAUAAAGGCACUAUAUUUAAUAACGAUUUGUGUUUUAGUUGAUUGACAUAUGAAUAAAGCAAUAUCAUUUAGUUUAGAUUAUGCAUGCUGCUAUAGUAUAUACUAUUAGGGGACUUCUCUAUUACUGUAAGUUAAAAAGCAAGGUUUUUCAGAAAACUGUGCACGACCUGACACUCCCCCCAUGGUACUGUAUUAACUUUUUUUUAAAAAAAAUGCAUUGCCCAAUUAGUCAGAAGUUUGAAACUAAUUAAUCGACAUAAUCAGUCAACGAGAUGGAGCCUUAGAUUCAGUAAUUCAGCCAUUUGUAACUUCUCCAACAUCCCAAGGGUUACUGAAAGAGACAAUCGCGCACCUUUUCCUUACGCAUAGGGGAAGCACCACCUCCGUUGCCCAAAGUAAAGAUGGUUCUUCCACCACGAAGAACGCAGGCUGGGCCCCUAACCAAAGAUGGCGGAUCCAGCAUCGGGACGAGUGCGAACCGCACUGCACUUGAGGUCGGUCGACCUCGAGUGCAGGAAACCACAACGGCGCCCGCCUCAAACAUGGCCGCCUCCGCUAUAGCGAGUGGAGGAGCUGCCCACAACCAAGAUGGCCGCGGCACUUCACCGGCGACUGGUUCUCCGAGGCGCCAAUCCCGACUCCAAGAUGGCGGAGCGCCGUCGGCGUGAGGUGAGGUUAGUCUGCGUCACGUGACAGGCAGGACGGGGGUGUGUGUAUCCCCGUCGUGUGUCCCGGCGGAAGAGUGAAGGGAGUCGGCUGAAAGGUCGCAGCUGGAGGGAAAGGGAAAACAAAGCGGCGCGGCCUAGCGCUGGAGAACCGGAGAUACGCCAGUCACCACGGAUACAGCCGGAGCCAACGCGGCGGCCGGGGCGCAGCCACCCUCGCUGCCUCCGCCGCCUCCUCCGCCGAGGAUGUCGCGUAGGAAGAGGAACGCAGGCAGCAGUUCUGACGGAACCGAAGACUCUGAUUUCUCCACGGACCCAGAGCAUACAGACAGUUCAGAGAGUGACGGGACGCCCCGCCAGUCUGCACGUGUGACUCGCUCUUCUGCCAGGCUCAGCCAGAGCUCCCAAGAUUCCAGCCCGGUUCGCAACCCACCAUCGUUUGGAGCAGAGGAGCCUGUUUAUUCCACUCGGAGGGUAACUCGUAGCCAACAGCAGCCCACACCCGUGACUCCCAAGAAAUAUCCCCUUCGACAGACCCGCUCGUCAGGAUCUGAAACGGAGCAAGUGGUUGACUUUUCAGAUAGAGACACUAAAAACGCCGCUAACCAUGACGAGUCCCCACCCCGCACGCCGACUGGGAACGCCCCAUCUUCCGAGUCCGACAUCGACAUCUCCAGUCCCAACAUGUCUCACGACGAGAGUAUCGCCAAGGAUAUGUCCAUGAAGGAUUCGGGGAGUGACCUGUCCCAUCGUCCCAAACGCCGUCGGUUCCACGAGAGCUACAACUUCAACAUGAAAUGUCCCACGCCUGGCUGCAAUUCAUUAGGACACCUGACGGGAAAACACGAGCGGCAUUUCUCCAUAUCUGGAUGCCCACUGUAUCAUAACCUUUCAGCUGACGAAUGCAAGGUGAGAGCGCAGAGCCGUGAUAAACAAGUCGAGGACAGAAUGCUGUCUCACCGACAAGAUGAUAACAACAGGCAUGCUACCAGACAUCAGGCACCAACUGAAAGACAGCUAAGGUACAAAGAGAAAGUAGCGGAGAUGAGGAAGAAGAGGAAUGCUGGGCUGACUAAGGAGCAGAAGGAAAAGUACAUGGAGCACCGGCAAACCUACGGCAACACCAGAGAGCCCCUUCUAGAGAAUCUGACCAGUGAGUACGACCUCGAGUUAUUCCGACGAGCGCAAGCAAGAGCCUCUGAGGAUCUGGUAAGAGGACUGGGCUGGGAAAAGCUGCGACUUCAGGGCCAGAUCACAGAAGGGAGCAACAUGAUCAAGACGAUUGCUUUUGGCCGCUAUGAGCUGGACACAUGGUACCAUUCUCCCUACCCAGAGGAGUAUGCGCGACUGGGACGCCUCUACAUGUGCGAGUUCUGCCUCAAAUACAUGAAGAGCCAGACGAUACUACGCAGGCACAUGGCGAAAUGUGUCUGGAAGCAUCCUCCGGGUGACGAAAUUUACCGUAAAGGCUCCAUUUCGGUGUUUGAAGUGGAUGGGAAAAAGAACAAGAUAUACUGUCAGAACCUCUGCCUUCUGGCAAAGCUCUUUUUGGACCACAAGACCCUGUAUUACGAUGUGGAGCCCUUCCUCUUCUACGUCAUGACAGAAGCCGACAACACCGGCUGCCACCUCAUAGGCUAUUUCUCCAAGGAGAAGAACUCAUUCCUCAACUACAACGUUUCCUGUAUCCUGACGAUGCCUCAGUACAUGAGGCAGGGUUACGGCAAAAUGCUCAUCGACUUCAGCUAUUUACUCUCCAAAGUGGAAGAAAAGGUUGGCUCUCCAGAAAGGCCCCUCUCAGACCUGGGCCUUAUUAGCUACCGUAGUUACUGGAAGGAAGUUCUUCUCCGCUAUCUGCAUAACUUUCAAGGCAAAGAGAUCUCCAUUAAAGAAAUCAGCCAGGAGACAGCCGUCAACCCUGUUGACAUCGUUAGCACUCUGCAAGCGCUUCAGAUGCUCAAGUAUUGGAAGGGCAAGCACCUAGUCUUAAAGAGGCAGGAUCUUAUCGACGAAUGGAUAGCCAAAGAGGCCAAGCGGUCUAACAGCAAUAAAAGCAUGGAUCCCAGCUGUUUGAAAUGGACCCCUCCUAAGGGCACUUAAUUUGACCAACCUCUCCGAGAAGUGUGGACACCUCCUCGCCACCGACCACCACCAUAACCCCCUUUCCUUUUCCAGCAUUAGGAACUGCCUUUGGGAUCGCAGAUUUGUGACUUGCUGUUGGUACCAACCCUCCCCGCCCCUCUUCCACAUGCCUUCAGGAUGUUUCUCUUCUCCCCGGGACCGUUUUGACCCAGGUCCUCCCUCCGCACGGCAAGGUCGGGAAGAUCAGAAUGGAUACAGUGUCAAUGUGGCCCCGGGAAGGGGCAGUAAGAUCUUCCGGCGCACCGUUGCAACUUGCCGCUCCGUGAACCACAAGGCCCUAGUCCAUAAGAUGGUGUCGUAACUCGUAAUUUCUUAGUUGUUUCAGCCGCCUGCUUCCGUGCAACCUUGGAGGGACUGGUCGGCACCUGCUGUGAGGUGGUAAAGGUCCUCCACGAUACAGAGGGCUGUACUGUUUUAGAUUGCAAGUGUGGGGCGCCGUGAUUCCCCAUGCAAAGAAUUCCCUUUCAGUAGAAAGCCAGCAGUGACAGGGAUAAAGAUUCUAGCAGGCUCUCUAUCUCCUGUCCUAGUUUUCUACUCACAGGGUUGGUUUGUUUUUUAAUACAAAGGAGAGCAUUCGAAAUCAAUUAUCUCCCAUCAGUCAUACGAAAUUUUGGUCCAGUCCAUUCUACCCCAUAUUCCCACCCCCCUCUUAUGCAUUCUGCUGCACCUUUGGAUCCAGCCUAAAGGUGGGCUUGUGGGACCAUUCUCCCCACCCCCCCCCGUGUCACGCUGCAAAUAGAAUUGAUCUGACACCCCCUUGGGAUCCUUCAAGAACAUCAAUUUCUCAUACCCGUUUGCAGGUCUGAGUGCUAACUGGAUAUUGGACAGCAAGCGUGUGCAAACAGCAGCUAUUUAUUCCUUCCCAGCAGGGCAGGAAAUCUCCAGGAGACUGAUUGAAUGUGGGGACACCCUUUGGCUGCUUCCCCUUCCCUUUCCCCGAAAGGUUUGAACGUUAAGGCCGUGCUGCUGUCUCUGUGGGCAACACAGCUGAGUCCCCGGUGGGGGGAAGCCGCCUAACGGGAAAAAAGCACCACUUCUCCCACUCCUGCAGUAGUUGUGCCCUUGCCCAGUGUCACCUAACAUUGAGCUUCUUGCUCCUCCUUGCAGCUGCUUUUGAGUGCUCUGACCACAAACCCUUCUGAAGAGCCAGCUAUAACUGUUCCUUUGCAGGAGGAGAAAUGGCACAACCAGCAGCCCUUACCAGCCCCCUUGUCCUGGUGCCUCCUUGCCGCUCCCGACACUUUUUGUCCUUUGAACUUCCUCCCGCUCCGAAAGAAACCCGCACCUAGCAGGCCAAGGAGCGUGCAUUCAGCCAGACGGCAGGGGCUGCUCAAGAGAGCACUGCCAGCCGGACGCCGCUCCUUUUGCCAGCCUGUUCCUGUGCAGCAGCUUUUGCCGCCCAGGUUUGGCGCUACUUUGAAUUGCGGCGGUGAUCCAACAGUGCCAGAUCUAGGCGGGAGUUAGCUGCAGUCGGCUAGCUUGCCUUCACGCGGUGAUAGUUUACUUCCCUUUCGGCAUGUUUUGGCUCCUUUUGCAGUCCACGCUCCUGCAUCUCUUGAACCAUCUGUGCUCAUCCGGGGACCACCCUGGACCUUCUCCCACCUCCAUUCUGGCCGAGGCGAACAGCCAUUGUUUUUAAAGGAUUGCCAGGGGGAAAAUCAGCUUCCAUUUCCCAGAAUGUGUGCUUAUUUCACCCAUAGAUUGCAAGAGCCCGUAAGUCCAUCACGGCCAGGCAGCCUACCCCAGUCAUUUCUGACCUCCUCUACUGGUUUUGCUUGAUGGUCUCGCAGAAGUAUGAGGCCCCCCCAGAGAGGCUGGGUUUCUCCCACACUUCUAGGAUGCCGUAGCUGGUUGCAUGCAGGUCCUCAUCCCAAGACAAAUCCGCCCUUAGAAAAUUUGUGAAAAUAGCUCCAAGAGCCUGGAAAGUGUUUGUGCAAGCAGGCACAGCAUCAAUUUGACGACAAUAAUUGGUGUGCCCCUUUUCAAGGGGAGCCCUCCCAUCUUUUAAGUGAUCGUCACUCCCAGGCUUGGGAUGGAAACCCUUGCCUGAUCUGUGUGCCACCUGCUCCCAAGGACUGGGAGGGAUAGAAAGAAGAGGAAAGGCAGGAACCUUGUGGGGUAGGUGGACCUUAUGGGCUAUCAGUUAGGGGGGAGAGUGCUUGGCCGUUUUAAAACGUCUUGUAAAGCCAGAGGUGGGGACUGCAGCUCCCAUCAACCCCAGCUUAGGGGAUGAUGGGAUGAGCCACAGGUUCCCCAUCCCUGCUCUAGGUAUUAAGCUCACAAAUUCGCCUUAAGUGUUCAGAGACCAAAGGGAAACAUCCACCGAGCACACUUUGCCCUAACCUUGCUAUUCACAGAGAGGACAGCCCCAUUGAAAAGCUGCAGCAAGAGAGGUCCCUUUCCUUGCAGAGUCAGAAACCUUGACAGCCUCGCUCUUUGAAGGGCUGUGCCUUUCACACAUGCCAUCGGCGUGCUUUCAGAAUUGCAAACCGUCGGUGGCAUUUGUCCUGCGCUGCUUCCGGCUACCUUUUGUGCAGGGCAGCGUCGCCUGGUGAGACCCCAGCAUUCGGGGGGCCAAAAGCCCACUCCCCUGAACUCUGAGGUGCUUUUGCACAAAGUCCAGGGUCCGAGGGCACAUGUCCUGAGCCACAGACCAAGCUGGGCUGUGUGUGUGUGUGUGUGUGUGUGUGUCACAUGCAGCACAACCAAAGAGGCCACAAAGGAGAUUGGGGUGUGUGUGCGAGUCACAUAUUUGCCACCUCACUCCAGGUUGCAUCUUAGUACUGUUUGUCAUCCCUAGAGCAUAAUUUUCUUUCCUUCCUAGAAAUUACCUUGGCACAAGCCUUUGGACCUUGGGGAUGCCUGGCCAGAGAGCGCAGUGUGUUUUCAGACUGCCGUCAGUCGGAUGGAUGUGUUACGAUCCAUUUCCAGCAAGUCUGGUUUUCGAUUGUAAGGUUUGGCAAAAAAAAAAAAAAACCCUUCCAACUCGAAGCAAAACACCCUGAGGGCAUAAAUAGCCAUCCUUUCGCCAUGUCUAUGGCCUCUAGUCUGCUGCGUCUGUGGAACACAACCUCUUUGUUUCUAGCUGAACUCCGCUAGAACCCACCUCUCCUUGUCUCCCCUCUUGGGACAAAAUGGAUUCCAGUUGAAAGUCGAUCCCUCUAGCACAGAUCUUUCCGCAAGCACUCCUGUGGUUGGCUCUCGUGUUUGGUUUUGUCUUUUCAUUGCCAUCCUAAAUCUGCCAAAGUUUAUAUUUCUGUGCAAGUGUCACCCAGCACUCUCCGCUUCUAGUUUUUAGCAACUGGUGAGGUGGCGCCCUCUCAGGUGGGGAGGGGAGGUUGGCCAUUCUUGUACAGAAGUGAAUCUCUGUUUCCUGGAUAUGUUAGAAUAUGCUACCAGUGUAUCUACUUCUCAAUAAAGCAUGUUCUCUGCUCUA